CCGUCGAUGUCAUACCGUGGUUCUUCUUCAUUAUUAUAUAAUUAAACCCCGACCCGAUGUGAAUCGCAAUCAAAACAAACGAGCACUAAAACGGAGUACGGAGCGUGUGAGUAGUUACAAUGGUAACGCGGUGACAAAUGCGCACUUCUCCACACUCCCGUAUAGAAGUUAGGAUCAGAGACCAAGAUGAAAGACGAUGGAGCACCGAAUGUGGCCAAAACCACCGACCCGCCCCCGAAAAGGGGGGUGCCGCCAUCUGGCGGAGGAGCUGGAGAAAUGGAACUAGAAAAGUCCCCCAGCGGGAGCGUUUUCUCCGACCGAUUCUUCGGGGCCUUCCAGUGGGAGGAGUUCGCCUGCGGCUGCGGCGCCGCCUUCGUCAACAUCGCGGCCACCUAUCCCAUAUACAAGAUGAUAUUCCGCCAAAUGCUGCACGGCGUGCCCAUCACCUCGGCCUUCGCCCAGCUGCGACACGAGGGCCUGGGCUUCCUGUACCGCGGCAUGCUCCCGCCGCUCGCCCAGAAGACCAUCUCCCUGUCCAUCAUGUUCGGCGUGUUCGACGGGACGCGGCGGUACCUCGUUGAGGACUACCGUCUGAACGACUACGGAGCCAAGGUGAUCGCCGGUGUGGUCGCCGGCAGCGCCGAGUCCAUCCUCCUGCCCUUCGAGAGGGUGCAGACCCUCCUGGCCGACUCCAAGUUCCACCAGCACUUCGCCAACACACCCAACGCAUUCAGGUAUGUGGUGGCCCACCAUGGCUAUCGGGAGCUCUACAGGGGACUCGAACCAGUAUUUUGGCGCAACGGCCUGUCCAACGCGUUGUUCUUCGUGCUGCGGGAGGAGGCCAGCGUCCGACUGCCCAAUAGACAAACGGUAUCCAGUCGGACGGCCCAGGAGUUCGUGGCGGGCGCGGUGAUUGGGGCGAGCAUUAGCACAAUUUUCUAUCCGCUCAACGUGAUCAAGGUGUCGCUGCAGAGCGAAAUGGGCCAGAGGUCAGAGGGCAGCUGGCAGGCCUGCAAGCGAAUUUACAUAGAGCGCGACUGCCGCAUCGCAAACUUCUACCGCGGAUGCGCCUUCAACACGGGCCGCUCCUUCAUCAGCUGGGGCAUCAUGAACACGGCCUACGAAAACCUCAAGAAACUAAUGCACCAGCAGCCGCAGAUUCCCCUAGCCUCGGAGUAGAACUAGAGUAUACUUACGGUUACUUCUGCCUUUUAGCUAGCCAAUUAUUUCUUUCGGUUUAAGUCUCGUCUAAGUCGCUCGUGUUGAGAUGCUGAAUUCUAGGUGUUACUGUACAUAUACGCAUUGUAGCCUCCUCAUAUCUGUAUAUCAUUUCGAUUCGCGCCGCGGAUGCCAAGUACAAUACAACGUGAGCAUUUAAAGGUACCCCAAUCUACGAGUUACGGUUUAGUUAGCUACUAUAUACGAAUACGAGUACGUGUAAAUAAUACUAGAUGAUGAUGUACAAUAUAAUACAAGUGUGUUGUUUGUUCGCUAAUAACUGUGUGUGAUUCAUUGAAGUUACUGAAACUGAUUAAUUAACGCUGUAAUUUCAAUGUUCUUAAAUGAAAAUAAAAGUGUAUUUGUAAUUACGAAGUUUAAGCAUA